UCAGAGCUCUUGGCUGGCUAAAAGUUUUGGCAGGCCAGACGGGGAGCAGCUUCUCAAAGCUUGUAUGGACACAUCGAGACAAGAACAAAGACACGAUGGAUAUUGACGAGGAUCACAAGGGGUCAGACACAAAUCUGCAUACUGCCGGUGGAGAAGAGAAGGUGGACCUUAAGCUUGAAAGCUUGCCACAGUACCAAGCUACUCACAGUUCAGCGGGUUCAAAUACCAACCCUAAAAUUGCCGGUGGAGAAGAGAAGGUGGGCCUUAACCUUGAAAGCUGGCCACAGUACCAAGCUACACACAGUUCGGCGGGUUCAAAGACCACUGCCAGUGGAGAGGAGAAGAUGGACCUUAAACUGGAAAGCUGGCCACAGUACCAAGCUACUCACAGUUCUGCGGGAUCAAAGACCACUGCAGGUGAAGAAGAGAAGAUGGACCUUAAACUUGAAAUCUUGUCACAGAACCAAGCUACACACAGUUCUGCGGGUUCAAAGACCACUGCCGGUGGAGAAGAGAAGAUGGACCUUAAACUAGAAAGCUUGUCACAGAACCAAGCUACUCACAGUUCGGCGGGAUCAAAGACCACUGCCGGUGAAGAAGAGAAGGUGGACCUUAAACUUGAAAGCGUGCCACAGUACCAAGCUACUCACAGUUCAGCGGGUUCAAAUACCAACCUUAAAACUGCCGGUGGAGAAGAGAAGGUGGGCCUUAACCUUGAAAGCUGGCCACAGUACCAAGCUACACACAGUUCGGCGGGCUCAAAGACCACUGCCGGUCGAGAAGAGAAGGUGGACGUUAUACUGGAAAGCUGGCCACAGUACCAAGCUACUCAGAGUUCGGCGGGUUCAAAGACCACUGCCGGUGGAGAGGAGAAGAUGGACCUUCAACUAGAAAGCUUGUCACAGAACCAAGCUACUCACAGUUCGGCGGGAUCAAAGACUACUGCCGGUGGAGAAGAGAAAGUGGACCUUAAACUGGAAAGCUUGCCACAGUACCAACCUACUCACAGUUCGGCGGGUUCAAAGACCACUGCCGGUGGAGAAGAGAAGAUGGACCUUAAACUGGAAAGCUUGUCACAGAACCAAGCUACUCACAGUUCAGCGGGAUCAAAGAUCACUACCGGUGGAGAAGAUAAGAUGGACCUUACACUGGAAAGCUUGUCACAGAACCAAGCUACUAACAGUUCAGCGGGAUCAAAGACCACUGCCGGUGGAGAAGAGAAGGUGGGCCUUCAACUGAGAAGCUUGUCACAGAACCAAGCUACUCACAGUUCAGCGGGAUCAAAGACCACUGCCGGUGGAGAAGAGAAGAUGGACCUUACACUGGAAAGCUUGUCACAGAACCAAGCUACUCACAGUUCAGCGGGAUCAAAGACCACUGCCGGUGAAGAAGAGAAGAUGGACCUUAAACUGGAAAGCUUGUCACAGAACCAAGCUACACACAGUUCUGCGGGAUCAAAGACCACUGCCGGUGGAGAAGAGAAGGUGGACCUUCAACUGAGAAGCUUGUCACAGAACCAAGCUACUCACAGUUCGGCGAGAUCAAAGACCAACCUCAACACUACCGGUGGAGAAGAGAAGAUGGACCUUAAACUGGACAGCUUGUCACAGAACCAAGCUACUCACAGUUCGGCGGGAUCAAAGACCAACCUCCACACUACCGGUGGAGAAGAGAAAAUGGACCAUAAACUGGAUACCUUGUCACAGGGCCAAGCUACUCACAGUUCAGCGGGAUCAAAGACUACUGUCGGUGGAGAAGAGAAGAUGGACCUUAAACUGGAAAGCUUGUCACAGAACCAAGCUACUCACAGUUCGGCGGGAUCAAAGACCACUGCCGGUGGAGAAGAGAAGGUGGAUCUUAAACUGAGAAGCUUGUCACAAAACCAAGCUACUCACAGUUCAGCGGGAUCAAAGACCACUGCCGGUGGAGAAGAGAAGAUGGACCUUAAACGGGAAAGCUUGUCACAGAACCAAGCUACUCACAGUUCGGCGAGAUCAAAGACCAACCUCCACACUACCGCAGGAGAAGAGAAAAUGGACCUUAAACUGGAAACCUUGUCACAGGGCCAAGCUACUCACAGUUCGGCGGGAUCAAAGACUACUGUCGGUGGAGACGAGAAGAUGGACCUUAAACUGGAAAGCUUGUCACAGAACCAAGCUACUCACAUUUCGGCGGGAUCAAAGACUACUGUCGGUGGAGAAGAGAAGAUGGACCUUAAACUGGAAAGCUUGUCACAGAACCAAGCUACUCACAGUUCGGCGAGAUCAAAGACCAACCUCCACACUACCGGUGGAGAAGAGAAAAUGGACCUUAAACUGGAAACCUUGUCACAGGGUCAAGCUACUCACAGUUCGGCGGGAUCAAAGACUACUGUCGGUGGAGAAGAGAAGAUGGACCUUAAACUGGAAAGCUUGUCACAGAACCAAGCUACUCACAGUUCAGCGGGAUCAAAGACCAACCUCCACACUACCGGUGGAGAAGAGAAAAUGGACCCUAAACUGGAAACCUUGUCACAGGGCCAAGCUACUCACAGUUCGGCGGGAUCAAAGACUACUGUCGGUGGAGAAGAGAAGAUGGACCUUACACUGGAAAGCUUGUCACAGAACCAAGCUACUCGCGGUUCGGCGGGAUCAGAGACCACUGCCGUUGGAGAAGAGAAGGUGGACCUUAAACUGAGAAGCUUGUCACAGAACCAAGCUACUCACAGUUCAGCGGGAUCAAAGACCACUGCCGGUGGAGAAGAGAAGAUGGACCUUAAACAGGGAAGCUUGUCACAGAACCAAGCUACUCACAGUUCGGCGAGAUCAAAGACCAACCUCCACACUACCGGUGGAGAAGAGAAAAUGGACCCUAAACUGGAAACCUUGUCACAGGGCCAAGCUACUCACAGUUCGGCGGGAUCAAAGACUACUGUCGGUGGAGAAGAGAAGAUGGACCUUAAACUGGGAAGCUUGUCACAGAACCAAGCUUCUCACAUUUCGGCGGGAUCAAAGACCACUGCCGGUGGAGAAGAGAAGGUGGACCUUAAACUGAGAAACUUUUCACAGAACCAAGCUACUCACAGUUCAGCGGGAUCAAAUACCAAGCUCCACACUGCCCAUGGAGAAGAGGAGAUGGGCCUUAAAAUGGAAAGCUUGUCACAGCACAAGGCUACUCACAGUUCGGCGGGGUCUGAUACCAACCUUCACACUGCAGGUGGUGAAGAGAAGAUGGACCUUAAACUGGAAAGCUUAUCACCGACCAAAGCUACUCACAGUUCGGCGGGAUCAAAGACCACUGCCGGUGGAGAAGAGAAGAUGGACCUUAAACUGGAAAGCUUGUCACAGAACCAAGCAACUCACAGUUCGGCGGGUACAAAGACCAAUGUCGGUGGAGUAGAGAAGGUGGACCUUAAAUUGGAAAGCUUGUCACAGAACCAAGCUACUCACAGUUCAGCGGGAUCAAAGACAACUACCGGUGGAGAAGAGAAGGUGGACCUUAAAUUGGAAAGCUUGUCACAGAACCAAGCUACUCACAGUUCAGCGGGAUCAAAGACCACUGCCGGUGGAGAAGAGAAGGUGGACCUUAAACUGGAAAGCUUGUCACCGAACAAAGCUACUCAUAGUUCGGCGGGAUCAAAGACCACUGCCGGUGGAGAAGAGAAGAUGGACCUUAAACUGGAAAGCUUGUCACAGAACCAAGCUACUCACAGUUCGGCGGGAUCAAUGACCACUGCAGGUGGAGAAGAGAAGAUGGACCUUAAACUGAGAAGCUUGUCACAGAACCAAGCUACUCACAGUUCGGCGGGAUCAAAGACCACUGCCGGUGGAGAAGAGAAGACGGACCUUAAAUUGGAAACCUUGUCAGCGGAGAAAGCUACUCACAGUUCCACGGGAUCAAAUACCAACCUCCACACUGCCGAUGGAGAAGAGAAGACGGACCUUAAAUUGGAAAGCUUGUCACCGAAGAAAGCUACUCACAGUUUAGCGGGAUCAAAGACCACUGCCGGUGGAGAAGUGAAGAUGGACCUUAAACUGGAAAGCUUGUCACCGAAGGAAGCUACUCACAGUUCAGCGGGAUCAAAUACCAACCUCCACACUGCCGGUGGAGAAGAAAAGAUGGAAUUUGCACUUGAAGGCUCAUCACAGGAAAAUGAUAACAUUCUAGGGCACGGCAGGAUGACACCUCUGAUGGAAGCGGCUGCAGCUGGCAAUUUGGGUGUUCUGAUUUUGCUUCUGGGGAGGGGAGGUGAUGUAUCCCUAGCUGAUGCUGAUGGUAACAAUACCCUUCAUCACGCCUGCAUCGGGGGCCACCUGGACGUGGUGAAGCGUGUUCUCAUCCAGGGCACAGUGGACAUCAACAAGAGAGGCAAAUGGGGUAGAACACCAAUCAUGUUGGCAGCAAAGGAAGGACACAAGAAUGUGUUUUACUAUUUAAAGGAAAAAAGUGAUUUGACACUAUUGAGUGACCAUGGAGACAACAUCCUUCAUUUGGCUUGUUUAGGAGGAAAUAUAUCAAUUGCAAGAUAUAUCCUGUCCAAAGAUAUUGCAGACAUCAAUGUAAAAGGAAGGUACGGGAGGACACCUCUGAUGAAAGCAGCAUGGGGAGGAAAGGUGGAAGUGUUUAAAGAAAUACGGAAAAGAGGAGGAGACGAGUCUCUCGUUGAUGAGCACGGCUCAAACGUCCUACACAUUGCCUGUCAUAAAGACAAUGUGGCAAUGGUGACGUAUAUCCUCUCAGAAAACAUCGCUGGCAUCAACAGUAGAGGAAAGCUGGGACGGACACCAGUGAUGAUUGCAGCAACAAAUGGUCAAAAGAAAGUCUUUCAUUUACUUGUGAAGGAAGGAGGAGAUUUACUUCUCCUUGAUGAUAACCAUGAUAAUAUUCUACAUAUGGCCUGUCUUGGAGGUAGUGAGGACAUCGUGAAGUAUAUCGUCUCUGGCAGGAUGCAGAAUAUCCUAUCACAAGGGAAUAUCAAUGUUCAUAGCAGAGGGAUGAACAGGAGGACACCAUUGAUGGCUGCUGCAGAGGGAGGUCAUACUGGAGCGUUUAACCUUCUUGUUGGCAAAGGCGUUAAUUUGUCUGCACGGGACAAUUUGGGGAAGAACAUUUUUCAUGCAGCGUGUCUUGGAGGAAAUGAAAAUAUGGUCAAAUAUAUAAUUUCUUGUUGCUUCGUGGAUAUCGGUUCUACUCCAAACAAUGACAGAUUAGCUCUGAUGCUGGCUGCAGAGAAGCAGCGUCGACAAGUGUUUCAUCUGUUACGGGAAAUCCAAACUCCUGAUUUCAAACAUGUGGAUAAAGACUUAAACAACAUCCUUCAUGUUGCUUGUAUUGGUGGGGAUGUGGCAAUUGUGAAGUAUCUUCUUUCAGAGAAUAUGGACAUCAACAUUAGAGGCCACCAUAGCAGGACACCUCUCAUGAUCGCUACAGAGUAUGGGCAUAGAGACAUAUUUGACUUACUGGUCAUUGAGGGGGCAGAUGUGUCACUUGAAGAUGACGAGGGCAACACGCUCCUUCAUGUCGCUUGUGUUGGGGGACAUUUGGACAUGGUGAAAUAUAUCUUCUCUCGGGACUACAUCAACAGCGACAUAUCGAGCAGAGGCGAGCGUGGUCAAACACCUGUGAUGUUGGCAGCCAGGUGUGGACACAAGGCAAUGUUUUAUUUCCUUGUAUGUAAAGGAGCAUCUCUUUCCUUCAAAGACAUUGAUGAUAACAACAUCCUCCAAGUGGCAUGUAUUGGGGGGCAUGUGAAAAUGGUGGAAUGUUUGCUCUCAAAUGACAUUGUCGACAUCAACGAGCUCAGACAAGAUGGAACAUCAGCGUUGAUGCUGGCAGUCCAACAUGGACACAGAGAUGUUAUUGACUUGCUUAAGAGUUCAGGAGCUGAAUAGAGGCUAAAACACUUUCCAUCAUCUAAGCAUGUGAAGUACUUUUAUUGCAUGAUUGGACUGAAGACAUAGGACUGUGCAGUGCAUGUGCACUAUAUAUAAUUGUGAUAUUUGCCAGGAAUAUAAAUAUUGGGGCUGGUUAUUUAAGUAGUGCAAUACAAACACUUUCGGACACUCCAUGUUUUCAGUGAUAUGAUCUCACUGUGUUUUCAUUAAUCGUCAAGCACAAGCAGGUAUGACACCCGGAGCUUUCAGUGACAGACACGCGGAGUGGAUGAUUGUCUCCAUGAUUUAUAUGGAUAUGGAUUGUGAAAGGGACUUCUCAUCAGAUGGUACGACACUUCACAACCAGAACAUUCAAGUGUUUUACAUUUUUCGUAAAUUUGUUUCGACCGCCUACGUGGUCUAGUGGUAGAGCGUCCGCUCGGAGAGCGAAAGGCCCGGGGUUCGAUCCCCACCCGGAUC